CAAAGUCUCUCGGUAUUAUGCAUUACACCCAUUCGUAACAACACCGGUUCUGGGAGAUUUUGUUUUCCGUUUAUUUUUUAUCGUCGCAUUAUGUUUUGCCUUCACAUUUGUUUCGUUGGGGACGUUUUUUAUUUUGGUGUUACAUGUGAGACAUACGUAACAAACCGAUGCAAAAAGAACGUGAGCCAACGGAGGAGAGGAGUUAAUAAAUAAAAAAUCAACCAAUUUUAAAUAACAAAUAAAAUGUUUCGCUUUAUACGACAGUUAAGUACAAAAUGUCUGCGCCACAAUAUACAAUCAACAACACAACGGUUAUUCUCCGCACAAAGGCCGGCUGGAGGAAGUGGUCCUGAAUCCAUUAGGAAAAUGAAAGUAAGAUCUACGCUAUACUAUGUCACAGCCGGUGGGGUAUUGAUUGUCGGUUUGAGCUAUGCAGCCGUUCCGCUAUACCGAAUGUUUUGUCAGGCAUACAGUUACGGAGGCACUACAAGUCAGGGUCACGAUGCCGAAAAGGUGGAAACAAUGGAAAAGGUGAAAGAUCGCAUAAUAAAGGUACGCUUCAAUGCUGACGUUGCCUCCUCAAUGCGUUGGAAUUUCCGACCACAACAGUAUGAAAUUAAAGUGGCACCUGGGGAGACUGCUUUAGCUUUUUAUACUGCCAAAAAUCCCACAGAUCAUCCGGUAAUAGGUAUAAGUACCUAUAAUGUGGUGCCCUUUGAGGCGGGAGCCUAUUUCAAUAAGAUACAAUGUUUUUGUUUCGAGGAACAACAAUUAAAUCCACACGAGGAGGUCGACAUGCCUGUGUUUUUCUACAUUGACCCGGAAUAUGUCAAGGAUCCCAAAUUGGAAAAUGUCGAUAGCAUUACAUUGUCGUAUACAUUUUUUGAGGCAAGAGAAGGUUUGAAAUUAAAUUUCCCCGCCUAUGCGAAACCCCAUACAGCGGUAGCGUAAUGUUGUUAUUUGAUAUUGUUGUAAAUAAAAUGAAUUUUUGGACAAAAGAAAUUAGUUAAAUUGAAAAAA